AGGUGUGCGGAUCACAUGUUAUUGAUGUUUUCGCUCGCUUCGGGAAGAAAUUAAUUCGGCCGCCGCGAUUCGACGCGUUUUGCCUGUGAUCCUCGCAAUCGGCCGAUUGAAAAUGGACUGCCAGCCGAACGGCAACGGCAUUCCGUUCAGCAAGAGCGGCGAUAAAGACCAAGACAAGAAGCUGCUGCAGCCGUUCGCCUACAUCCUUCAAGUACCUGGCAAACAAAUCAGAGGCAAAUUGGCUCACGCCUUCAAUUACUGGCUCAAAAUCCCAGACGAGAAAUUGGCUGUGGUCGGCGACAUCGUACAAAUGCUGCACAACUCGAGCCUCUUAAUCGACGACAUCCAAGACAACUCCAUUCUUCGCCGAGGCAUUCCGGUCGCACAUUCGAUUUAUGGCGUCGCCAGCACAAUCAAUGCCGCCAACUACGUUUUGUUCCUAGCCCUGGAGAGAGUACUUAGUCUUGGACAUGCAGAGGCCACUUCGGUUUACACGGAGCAACUUUUGGAACUGCAUCGAGGACAAGGCAUGGAGAUUUAUUGGCGAGACAAUUACACCUGCCCCACUGAAGAGGAGUACAGAGAGAUGACGAAAAGAAAGACUGGCGGUCUAUUUAUGUUGGCCAUUCGACUAAUGCAGCUCUUCAGCGACUGCAAGGCUGAUUUUACUAAGCUGGCUGGAAUUAUCGGUUUGUACUUCCAGAUUAGGGACGACUAUGGAAACCUUUGUUUGCUAGAGUAUUCCGAGAACAAGAGUUUCUGCGAGGACUUGACCGAGGGCAAAUUCAGCUUCCCGAUCAUUCAUGCCAUCCAUAGCCGCCCUGAUGAUAGACAAGUGAUCCAUAUCAUUCGUCAGCGCACCAAAGAUAUCGAAGUGAAAAGAUACUGCGUCAACCUGCUGGACAAGUUUGGCUCUUUUGAAUACACUAGACAAGUUUUGGCUCAAUUGGACAACGAAGCUCGUGACGAAGUGGCCCACCUUGGAGGGAACCCCUUCAUGGAGACUCUUCUGGACGAACUCCUCAGCUGGAGGGACAACCCUGGGAGUCCGUUGAAAAGGGAGCGCUAAUUCGAAGAAUGCAUUUCACUUCUUACGAGUCACACAAUAAUUACCAAACUUGUCUCUAUAGAUAUCAAAAUUCUAAAGUCUUACUUAGCUUGGAUACCUAAAAUGUCUAUAAACUAGAUGCCUUUGGAAAGUCUCAAUUAAAUCCUACAAUAUAUCAUAGCUGCCAAAUGAAGUUAUGUCAAGUCCUGCCACUACUAGCGGCAUCGGUACUUUUGACUUGUGCUCAAUCCAGGCAAUCAGCUGGACUGUUAAUUUUUAUGAUUUUCUCAUCGAAUAUAGUUUUUGUAGAUAAAGGAGUGUUUGCGAUCUCUAUUUGAUUUCUUUUUCCAUUUUUUAAAGUUUCUCUCUAGCACAAAAAUAAUUUCGAGCUUGAAAUAAUUACUGUCAACCCCGGAGCUGUCAAAUGAAUAUGCAUAUCUCUAUCAGCAUGCCAUCGUUGAAUUAUUCACGCUCGUUUGCAUACACCGCUCUUGGCGAAAUACCAAAAUUUAAUUAAACGCCGUAGCUUUAUAAUGAAUGCUACUUUUGUCGCUAUACUAAAAUUGUAAUCAAUACUUUUCAUCCGUACCAAAAGAGUAGAUUAAUUCUUAUAAUAAUAUGUAACCAUUUUACAGGCAGUAUUCAGCAUUGAUUGCAUUUAAUAAUCUCAGUAAAAAAGCCUCAAUUCCCUGCUGAUUAAAUUUUAAAAUUAUUAAAUAUUUAUAAUGCAAUUAUUAUACCGAAAGAUAUGAGAUCUGUUUUGUUAAAUAAUUUAAAUGAAAUAAUUGCAUAUUUUUAACUAAUUUUUGGUACUUUCUUGUGUUAAUCAUUUUUCACUCAUCAAGUGAGCGACAAUAACUUUUGACAAUAUGAAAUUAUUAAAUUAAAAUUAGGGAAUUUUUAAAUAAGCUCAUAUUUUGCAUUCCGUUGUUUGGGCUCAUUGCCAGUAAAUAUGAUUUCAAAGGUUUUUUGUAACAAAAACUGUAACUAGUAGGCGUACGUGUUUCUUAUUACUUUAAAAAUGGUACUAAAAUUAAUCAAACUUUGGGUAUUGAGACUAAAUGUUAAAUACCAAUUUGAAAAAUUUACUGAAAUAUUUAUUGUAGCUGUAGAGCCGGGCGGAGUGAUUUUGUCAUAGAAUUUUCAGAGUUUAUAACCAGAAGAAUAAAUGCUUGUUAGCUGAAUAAUG